CGCUCCCAUUUUCAGUGCUGAUCUCCCUCUUAGAGAAAAAGAGAGAGGCUAUGAAAUUCGCCUACCGACUUCCCAAUUACAGACCAGAAUCGAUCAAUCAAGCAACAUCUAUGGGUUUGGAGAGCGUUGGCGGCUUGGCGACGCACAUCAUCCUCUCCAAAUUGGGUCCCAGGGAAGCUGCUUUCGUCGCUUGUCUCAACCGUCGAUUUCAUGUCUGGGCUUCCGAUGACUACGUCUGGGCUCGCUUCUGCGCACAAGACCUUAAUCUGUCUUCCCCUCUCGAUCCUUGCGGCAAUCCAUGCCCUUCUUUUAAAGUAGCUUACACAAAAUGGAGAACAGAAUUUUCAAUGUACCCAUGGCCGCUUGUUAUGCGAGUUAACAGGUGCUGGCACAAGCUUAAAGAGUGGUUUGCCAUACACUUUCCUGAGGUUUUGCCUACUUUGCGUAGAGGUGCAUCAGAAGAUGAAAUUGAGAAGUUUGAGAAAACUUUGAGAAUAAAACUGCCUCUCCCAAGUAGGGUAAUAUACAGAUUUUGCAAUGGUCAAAAACUACCAAAUGAACACUACAUUGGAAGCUUGCAGUCGAGUUUAUUGGGUAUCAUUGGUGGCUAUUCUUUAUAUGAUCACUCGGUGAAUGUUUUCUUGUUGCCUUUGAGCCAAGUGAUACUCGAUUCAAGGAGCGUUAUGACACAGAUGGGAUUCAGCAGCAGAUCAAAGCAUAUUGUGGUGGCUUCCUCUGCUACACACAGUGAAAAACUUUUCUUUCUGAACUGCAGCAGCGGUCAACUGUAUGUUGGCACGAAGAAUCUUGUGACAGAUGGAGAAAUGCUGCCUUGUGUGCCGGAGGCUUUGAUAACUUCAGCUCGUGAUUCAAAAGGUUGUCAACAGCAGGAUGGUAUGCUACUAUGGCUUGAAGAACAUGCUCGUCGCUUGCAUGAUGGAAUUAUCAAAGUUCGCCAAGAACAUAAAAUGCGAAGCAUCAAUCUGUUUCCAGAACAGCCGCCCCUCUGCUCCUGUGCAAUAACAAAUGGUGUAAAGGUCCGUGCUUCGGCAGCAUUUGUGCCCGAGUUCAGUAACCUUCAAGCUGAAUCCGAAAAAUUUUUAUUUGCUUACUCCAUCCGAAUGUCUCUUUCACCUGAAGGAUGUGUCAUUAACGGGUUGACUGUCAACACUUGCCAAUUAUCCUGGAGACACUGGAUUAUUCGAACUAAUGACGUUCUUGUUGCAGAUGUCAAUGGAGAAGCAGUGAUUGGAAAGUUUCCACUACUCCGUUCUGGUAAGGAAGAGUUUGUGUAUCAGAGUUGUACAUCUCUACCUGCUUCCUCUGGAUCUAUUGAAGGCUCUUUUACUUUUGUUCCUGGAAGAUUAGCCGAUCCAAAAGACGGCCCAUUCGCAGUUGAGGUAGCUAAGUUCCCACUUCAGCUUCCGGACUACAUUUUCUAAUGGCCUUGGCUAUAUAAUUGAUCUAGCGUGUUGGUUGAAUUGAAGGAGUAGUCGUAUUUUAAUUGUUCUGUGAUGUAUGGUUGGUGUUCUUUAUUUUAUGGCUGAAACCUUUUGUUGUUAAGAUAUCGAUUUUCGGAUAUAAGACAAGAAACCUCACCGGACCGACCGAUCGAUUGAUCGGGUCAGGCCUUAUGGUGUGGGCAUCCUGCUGUCCUCUUUAGUCUGUACUGUGAAUAUGAUACAAAGAAACGAAGGGUUUGAGAUGGCCUGCCUA